AUGGGCUACCUGGCGUUUUUCUCGGCCGAAACCUGGACUCUCCUCUUGCUGUUCGUGGGGCUGCUGACGGUGUAUGGGUUCUGGCCUUACAGGUUCUUUAAAAACCUAGGAAUCCCCGGUCCUAAACCAUUACCCUUUCUUGGAACCCUUCUGGGAUAUAGAAAGGGGUUCCACCAGUUUGACAUAGAGUGUUUCAACAAGUAUGGAAGAGUAUGGGGUCUCUUUGAUGGGAGACAGCCUAUUCUCUGCGUCUUGGACAAGACCGUCAUCAAAACAGUGAUGGUUAAGGAGUGCUACUCACUGUUCACCAACAGAAGGAACAUCCGCCUGAAUGGACCGCUGAACGACGCUUUGACCGUUGUCCAGGAUGAGGACUGGCGGCGGAUUCGGAGCGUCUUGUCUCCGUCCUUCACCAGCGGCCGCCUGAAGGAGAUGUUCGGCAUCAUGAAGACACACUCAAAGAAGCUGGUCAGGAACCUGAAACGGGAGGCUGACCAAGGCAAACCAGUGGAUAUGAAAGAUUUCGUUGGCGCAUACAGCAUGGAUGUGGUGACCAGCACAGCUUUCAGUGUGGACAUCGACUCCCUCAACAACCCCAAUGAGCCCUUUGUCACCAACAUCAAGAAAAUGCUCAAGUUUAACAUCUUCAACUUCUUUGUCCUAUUGAUAUCGUUCUUCCCCUUUACCAUUCCACUCCUGGAGAAGAUGAACGUCUCGUUCUUCCCCAUGGCUGUGAUGGACUUCUUCUACGCCUCUCUGAGGAAGAUCAAAGCUGAGAGGGAGACCAGCACUCAACAGAGCCGAGUGGACUUCCUCCAGCUGAUGAUGGACUCCCAGCGGCAGGACGACGAGGGAAAGCAGAAAGGCGAAACGUCGAACAAAGGCCUGAGUGACCACGAGAUUCUGUCGCAGGCAAUGAUCUUCAUCUUCGCCGGCUACGAGACCACCAGCAGCACCCUGUCCUUCCUCUUCUACAACCUGGCCACCAACCCCGAGGCCAUGGAGAAACUGCAUCAGGAGAUCGACCACGUCUUCCCUGACAAGGCUCCAGUAAGUUAUGAGGCCAUGAUGCAGAUGGAGUAUCUGGACUGCGUUCUGAACGAGUCCCUGCGCAUGUUCCCCGUGGUGACGCGCGUGGAGAGGGUCUGCAAGAAGACCGUCGAGAUCAACGGCAUCCCCAUCCCCAAGGGGACCGUCGUCACGGUGCCCACCUACGUACUCCAUAGAGAUCCAGACAUCUGGAGCGAGCCAGAGAGCUUCAAACCGGAAAGGUUCAGUAAGGAAAACAAGGAGACCAUUGACCCCUACUCGUACAUGCCGUUCGGAAUGGGCCCCAGGAACUGCAUCGGGAUGCGCUUUGCCAUCGUCAGCAUGAAGCUGGUCGUCGUGGAGCUGCUGCAGAGGUUCUCCGUCACCUCCUGUGAGGAGACACAGGUCCCUGUGGAGCUGGAGAACCAGGGUCUUCUGAUGCCCAAAACGCCCAUCAAACUCAAACUCGUCCCUCGCACGUCUAAGGGUAUUUCAGCAGAACAGUAA